AUGAAGCCAGUGUCAACAUGUUUCUGCUAUGGGUUACACUUUUUCUUCUCCAUCAAGGCCAUUCUUUGGUCCCAGUGGUCACGGUUCAACUUGGUGAAUCUGUGACUUUGUCUUGUGCUUUCUCUGAGAAGUUUCAGAGCACCACAUGGCUUCACUGGUACAAACAGAGUGCAGUAGAUACUUUGAAAUUAAUUGUGAUGCAACAGAAAAGCAUCAAGCCUAAUUAUGGACCAGAUGUGUCUGCAUCGAAAAUAGAAGCUACAUAUGAUGACAAAUUUAGUAAUAUAACCAUUCAGAAGACAGUUAUACAAGAUGAGGGAAUGUAUCACUGUGCUCACAUGGACUGGGCAAAAUCUACUUGGACCGGGACUUAUUUGUCAAUAAAAGGAGACUUCAGUAGGACAUCGAGAUACAAUGUUCUUCAGAACCCAACCACUGAUGCAUCCCGCUCAGCAAACUCAGAGACUCUAGAGUGUUCACUCCUCUCUGGGUCUGAAGACAAGAUGUGUUCAGGAGAACUCAACAUGUUCUGGUUCAGAGCCGGAUCAGAAAAGUCUUAUCCAGAUAUCAUCCACAGUAAUGAAAAUGGAUUGCACAAUUGUGAGAACACAUCUACACUGAACACUCAGAGGAAAUGUAGUUACAACCUUUCAAAGAACUUCAGCUCCUCUGAUACUCAAACAGUCUACUGCGCUGUGGCAAUAUGUGGAGAAAUACUAUUUGGAAAGGGAAUGUUAAUAAAAGCAGACCAAUUAUCAAGGUUUAAAGAAAAUGUGAAAUUGAUCACAAUCUGCUUCGUCAUUUCCAUGACUGUAAAUAUUAUUCUGGUUUGUUACUUAAUUCAAAGAUGCCUGUGCAGAAACUUUAAAGCAAAACAGAAUGUUAGUCAACCAAAUAAUAUUAUUGAAGAUGGAGGGGAUCUGAACUACACUGGCUUACUUUUCUUACAAGAGAAAACUUUUAGAGGAACAUUAAAAAGACGGCUGAAAACUAAAGAUGAUGUUUAUUCACAAGUUAGUUACAAACCAGUCUCAGUCCAAAAUGUUCAGUUUCAUUUAAACAAAAUGUAAUAUAUGGUUCUAAACUAAGGUUAAAAACACAGUUUCAUUUAUUCCUCUCUAAAUGAUGUCUACUUAUAAUAUUGAUUUCAAGCUGCAGUCUUUUGCUCUCCGUCUGUCUCUGUCUUCAUCUCUCUGACUGUAUAGUUGUGUUGCACUCUGAGGCUUUGGUAGACUUUCAGAAGAUACUUAUUGUUUAACUUUACCAAAAGAAGCAGGCCAUUAAUAUUCAGCUUAUCCAUUUUGUUGUAUCCCAAGUUGCUGGAUUCAGAUGCCAAAGUUAUUGUUAUCCCUCUACUGAAUUAAAUAAACUUA